UUCAAAACCCUCCAAAACCCUUUUAGUUCCCAUUAUAAAUACUCAAUCCCUAGAUCCAAUAAAUUCACCAUUCAAUCAAAAAAACCCAAAUCAAUCACAUCUCUUCAAUCAAAGAUGCCUUCGAUGCCAGAAGAGCCGCUUCUAACCCCAACCCCAGACAGAUUCUGUAUGUUCCCAAUCCACUACCCACAGAUCUGGGAGAUGUACAAGAAAGCCGAAGCAUCCUUCUGGACCGCUGAAGAAGUAGAUCUCUCACAAGACAACCGCGAUUGGGAGAACAGUCUCAACGACGGCGAACGUCACUUCAUCAAACACGUCCUCGCUUUCUUCGCUGCAUCCGACGGAAUCGUUUUAGAGAAUCUCGCUUCUCGGUUCAUGUCCGAUGUCCAAGUCUCGGAGGCGCGUGCUUUCUACGGUUUCCAGAUCGCGAUUGAGAAUAUUCAUUCUGAGAUGUAUAGUCUUCUUCUCGAUACUUACAUCAAAGAUAACAAAGAGAGAGACCAUCUCUUCCGCGCGAUUGAGACGAUUCCUUGCGUCGCGAAGAAAGCUCAGUGGGCGAUGAAAUGGAUCGACGGAUCUCAGACCUUUGCUGAACGAAUCGUUGCUUUCGCUUGUGUUGAAGGUAUCUUCUUCUCCGGAAGCUUCUGCUCCAUCUUCUGGCUUAAGAAACGAGGACUCAUGCCUGGGUUAACUUUCUCAAACGAAUUGAUCUCUCGAGACGAAGGCUUACACUGCGACUUCGCGUGCCUUAUCUACACGCUUCUCAAAACGAAGCUUAGCGAAGAGCGCGUGAAGUCGAUCGUAUGCGACGCGGUGGAGAUCGAGAGGGAGUUUGUGUGCGACGCGCUUCCUUGCGCGUUGGUUGGGAUGAACCAGGAUUUGAUGAGUCAGUAUAUUGAGUUUGUAGCGGAUAGGCUUUUGGGUGCGCUUGGGUACGGGAAGGUGUAUGGUGUGACUAAUCCUUUUGAUUGGAUGGAACUUAUCUCGCUUCAAGGGAAGACGAACUUCUUCGAGAAACGCGUUGGCGAUUACCAAAAGGCUUCCGUUAUGUCUAGCGUUAACGGCAACGGCGCGAUUGAUAAUCACGUCUUCUCUCUCGACGAAGAUUUUUAAGGAGCUUUCUUAAUAUUAUUAUAAUUACUAUUAUACCCUUGUAAUAUUGCCGUGUAUCUUGGUUUUAUUAAUGAAUAAUUUAGUUGCUCUUUUCCUCCUUAA